UGGUGAGUACACUUGUUUUGCAAAUUGUUAUGUAAUAAUCCUCGGGGAGGCAUGGAUGAACAAUACCUCACACUGAGUGUAUCGGCAGGUGUGGUCAAUCUUCCUAAUGAGCCGGCGAGCUCCCAAGGGUGUGUGACACAAAUGUUUGAAAAAUCAUUUGAAAAAUGCUCCAAAGCAGUUGACAAAACUGUGUUGUCUCUCUUAGACAAAUAUGGCGACAAAGUAAAACAUUUUGACAAACACACUUCCUCCAUUGUGACUCGUUCCCACAGAACGAGGAAGUUCUCUUGUACACUGAGCAGAUAAAGGAACUCCUUCAGGCUGAAAUGAAUCAAACAACCUAUCAAGUGAGAAACACAACCAAACAGAAGAUAGAUAGAUAGAUAGAUAGAUAGAUAGAUAGUUUGACUGAUUGAUUGAUUGAUUGAUUGAUUGAUUUCUAGCAGCAAUCUCCAGUCCAGUCAGUCUCUGAGCAUAUCUGCUCAUAUGAGAGUCAGUCAGCCAUACCUGAGACAUGUCUGACGAGGUCUGUUAUUCCAAUGUGGUUUUCACCACACCCUACAAUUCCGCGGCUCCAGUCAAAAAGAACGAAGAAGCCGUGUAUGCAGAAGUGAAGAAAGCAGAACUAGCUCCAGUGAAGACACAUCCUGAGCCAGACGAUUCCAGGACAACUGGUCAGGAAACUUGGUCCCCUGCUCAGGCUCCAGAGAAACCUGAGCACAGAUAUCAGCCCCAGCAGUGCGCUGUAGUAUUUCUAAGCCUCACCUGUGCUUUUUUACUGGCUGGCAUCAUCGCUCUCUCUGUCUGCUAUUCUCUUACUGCAGGGCAACUCAGAAAGGAAAAUGGUGCCAAUCAGCAGCUACAAAAGCUUGAAAGUAACCUCACUGCUCAGAAGGAGUCACUGGAGAGUGAGAACACACAGCUGCGAAAGGAUCGGACUUUGCUGGAUGAGAUUUUACAGUUCCGUAACUUUCCUGUGGAAAAAUAUUGUUCAAAAGAGACAAGAUGCUCACACUGCCCAAGUGGCUGGACGUUCAACAAUUCAAAGUGUUACUUCGUGCAUCUUGGUCAAACGUGGAAAACGUGGAAAACGUGGAACGACAGUCGUCUUGAAUGCAUCAAAAUGGGGGCUGAUCUGCUAACGAUACAAAACAAGGAGGAACAGAUGUUCAUCAUGAACCUUGCACCCAUAUACGAAGACAAAUGGCACGGUUACUGGAUCGGACUGACUGGAAAGGCAAAGGAUUGGGUCUGGAUCAACGGUUCUUCACUGACCACAGGGUUCUGGGCAGAUAAUAGAAGCCAGACUGAAACUCACGUUUUAACAAACACAGGCCAUAAAAACAAAAUCCUGAACAGCUGGAGAUCAACAGAACCUAUCAUGCGUAACCGGUGGAUCUGUGAGAACAGGGCCCUGCUGUUCUGAGGUCCGUUAGUGGCACCUGCUCUCCGCUGGUCUGCUGGACGGAGGCCCCUGAUGCUGCUGGGACCAGAUACCUGUGUAACAGUUCUGCCUUCAGACAAAUGUCUGUGACAGAUGUGAAAAAGCCGUGUGUGUAAACAGUUUUGUGUGUAAUUUGUGCACACACACAUUUUUAGACAGAAUAGUAUUUAUCCAUUUCCUCCUGUGCUUAGAAAUGUGCGUAUAUUUAUGGACACACCUGACCAAUGUGUAUGCAUGAAGCCCUAGUGGCAGAGAAGCGUAACUGAAGCAAACCAAUCCACACAUAGGAUACGAUGGAUUACUGCAGUAAAUGACGACAUUACUUGCUGCUGCCAAUUAAAGACAAACAUACAAGUAUCUUACAGAUUCCUGACAGCCCAUCCUCAUCCAUGACUGAUGUAGCUGUAUGUCAGUGUCAUCAUCUAGAACGAAUCCCGUUAGAGAUGGUUCACCUCUGAUGGCAGCUAUUUGACCAUCCAGAUGUGACACUGAUGUGAUGCUUGAACACAGAUGUGGGCUCCGAUCAUUUACAAAAAAAAUGUAAUGGCCAUUUUCAGAGGAAGCACUUCUUCCUCAGCUCUGCCACCAUCCUCAUUACAGGUGAUGCAGCUUUACCUGCAUCCGUCACCUGUCCCAUGCUAGGUCCUUCUCUUUCUGUGACAGGCCACUGCCAAAGCUGCCAAACAUUAGGGCUCAGAUCAUUUUUCAGGUCAAACCACUUCUUCCUCAUACAUUUUCCGCCGAUUAAUUCGAAUUCCACAGAGGUCUGACAAGGUCUCGGGCCUGCUUGGUCUUCAGCAGAGGAAUUUCACAAAACAGGACCAUAUUCAUGCUGUCAGAUGAUUUAAUUUUCAGCUGCUUUAAAAUAAAGUUACGCUUCACAUAAAUUCUAUAAACUGUAUUUUAAUAAAGGACAGUGUAACUA